AUAGAGGAAAGGACAGACUGAAUCAGUAAAUGGGAGAAGACCUUGAUUACACCGUCCGAAUCCUGCUCUACUCGAUCAUCUUCCUCCUGAGUGUUUUCGGCAAUAUGAUGGUUAUUUUGGUGCUGAUUCUCAACAAGAGAUUGCGGACAGUCACCAACUCUUUCCUGCUCUCACUGGCCCUGAGUGAUCUGAUGGUGGCAGUUUUCUGUAUGCCAUUCACUCUCAUCCCCAACCUGCUGGGAGACUUCAUCUUUGGGCAGGCCAUGUGUAAGAUCACCGCGUAUUUCAUGGGAAUCUCGGUCAGUGUCUCCACCUUCAGUCUGGUGGCUAUCGCUAUUGAGCGAUACAGUGCUAUCUGUAACCCACUGAAAUCCCGCGUCUGGCAGACUCGCUCCCACGCUUACCGUGUCAUCGCCAUCACCUGGCUUUUGUCCAUUGUCAUCAUGAUCCCAUAUCCCGUCUACAAUCUGCUGCACCCCUUCCUCAAGGCCGACAGGAGCAGAGCUCACAACUGCCGACUGACCUGGCCAAGCAAACACGUGCAACAAGCCUGGUACGUGUUCCUGUUAUUUAUCCUCUUCUUCCUGCCGGGAGUGGUCAUGGCUACCGCGUAUGGACUGAUCUCCAGGGAGCUCUACAGGGGAAUCCAGUUUGAGAUGGACCAAAGAAAGGAAACCAAAGGAAUCAAGGUCCAGGUGAAUGGUGACACCGGCUCCUGCCUCGAACACAGUGAGGACAGUGACGGCUGCUACCUGCAGGUGGGGAAGCGUAGGAAUACCAUGGAGAUGGUGACCCUGACACCCAGCUCCAGUGCGAAACUGGACCGGGCUCGCAGCAACGCCUCUGAGUCCAAGCUGGUGGCGAAGAAGCGGGUGAUCCGGAUGCUGAUUGUCAUCGUGGUCAUGUUCUUUAUCUGCUGGAUGCCCAUCUACACCGUCAACACGUGGCGCGCCUUUGACAAUCAGAAUGCCAUCAGGCGCCUGUCAGGAGCUCCCAUCUCCUUCAUCCACCUGCUGUCGUACACCUCGUCCUGUGUGAAUCCGCUGGUCUAUUGCUUCAUGAACAAGAGGUUCCGUAAGGCUUUCCUCAGCACCUUUGCCCACUGCCUGCGCCCCUUCACCCACCUCCGACAGCACGAUGAGGAACCUGGAGCCACGGGCACCUCCCUGUCCAAGUUCAGUUACACUACCGUCAGCACCGUGGGACCCCCGUAAACGCCGGGUCCCUGCUCUCACACCUCCACCCCCUCACUGACCCCUGCUCUCAAUCCCCACCUCCUCACCGACCCCCGCUCUCA